GAGUUUCAGAUAAAAACAUCCUGCAUGUAACCGUUAGCUGCCAGAGAGCUGCGCACUGCCGGGGCGAGGACGUUAAGGUUGAAACCACCAGAAAAAGCAUACAAAAAAAUAAUAAAACAAUGGCAGAAGGCGAUAAUAAAAGCUCUAAUCAGUUGGCCCAAGAGACGGCGCAACUCGAGGAGCAGCUGCAAGGAUGGGGCGAGGUCAUUUUGGCCGGGGACCAGUUCCUGCGGUGGGAGAAACCGUGGUUCCCCGGUGCGCUGAUAGGUGCCACCUCAGUGCUUUUCCUGCUCAUCUACUAUUUGGACCCAUCUGUGCUGACUGGACUGUCCUGCACUGUCAUGAUUCUGUGCCUGGCUGACUAUCUAGUGCCCAUUCUCGCCCCACGCAUCUUCGGCUCCAACAAAUGGACCACAGAGCAGCAGCAGCGCUUCCACCAGAUCUGUGGGAACUUGGUGAAGACUCAGCGCCGCGUGCUCGGCUGGUGGAAGCGCCUGUUCGCCCUGAAGGAGGAGAAGCCGAAGAUGUACUUCCUGUCCGUGAUCAGCAGCCUUGUGGUCGUGGCUUGGAUUGGACAGCAGGUCCAUAACCUCUUCCUCACUUACCUGAUUGUGAGCUUCCUUCUGCUUCUGCCUGGCCUCAACCAGCACGGCAUCAUCACCAAGUACGCCGGCAUGGCCAAGAGAGAGAUCAACAAGCUGCUCAAACACAAGGAGAAGAAGAAUGAGUGAAACCGUGCUGCAGCGCGAUGACAAAAGGUUGAGAGGAAUUAUGUAGGAGUAUUUAAGAGUUGAACAUGGCCAUCUCCCCAUCUGUACUUUACAUAAUGGCACAGACCAAUGAAGUUCUGGCUUGAGCUCCAGUGACUUGGAGAAAGAAGCAAAUAUGUAGACUAGCUAAAGGCUUAAACACCAGCCAGUCGCUUCUAGGCUUCACUUCACCAUUCGGAAUUUCACAUUUUUCACCUUGAUUGGCAGAGCUUGGAUAUUUUCUACCAAACUGAUGCAUCAUCAUAUGUUUUACAUCUGUGUGUUUGUGUGUAACAGUGCUUAAGGUAUUCACUUUUUGCGAAAUCUUGAAACCCAUUACCGCUUUAAAGCCAUUCCCUUUUAUAAGCCAAUGAGGCGACUACUGAAAUACAUACUCGGCUCUCAGCGUAGCUUGUUCUUGUUCUCGAUUGCUGUAGGACGUGACCGGUAAUCAUACCUUGCAGCACCACAUAAUUAAAGGUGUUUAGAAUUAUUUUUAAAACUGCACUGGAAGAAACUGGGAGAAACCAGGAGAAACUGGAUGUUUUGAAGCUGUGCGUUGGUGCCCUGUGAAUGCUUGCACGAGGGGUGCUGACCUGUACUGCUGUGCUGAUUUUAAUUACUCUCCUCCAGCUCUGACCCCUCACGCUGACUCACGCUGACUCCUGGGUUACCACUGUAAAUAUACGUGUCCUCUUUGACUGCUAUAUCUGUGUACGUCUGUCUGUCUGUGUGUGUUUGAGGUCUUACAGUCUUCACGUCUUGUCUUCUCACCUGCUCAUUUCAACCUUUUUUUUUCU